AGAAGAAGAAGCGUGUCUGUGACGUCACGCGCGUAACGUCCAGAAUCCACUAUGGCGGAGAGGUAGUGGCGACUCUCACUUUACCGGUACAGCUAUCUGCUCGAGUCACCAUUCUCCGGCUCACGCUCAAACACCCCGUCUCCUCGCGCGCUCUCCCUGGUCUCCGCGGAACUAACCGAAGCAUGCCUAACAUCAAGAUCUUCAGCGGCAGCUCGCACCAGGAUCUGUCUCAGAAGGUCGCGGACCGUCUCGGGCUGGAGCUGGGGAAAGUGGUCACGAAGAAGUUCAGCAACCAAGAGACGAGUGUGGAGAUCGGAGAGAGUGUCCGUGGAGAGGACGUGUACAUCGUCCAGAGCGGCUGUGGAGAGAUCAACGACAACCUGAUGGAGCUUCUGAUCAUGAUCAACGCCUGCAAGAUCGCAUCGGCCUCCCGAGUCACAGCGGUCAUCCCCUGCUUCCCUUACGCCCGGCAGGACAAGAAGGACAAGAGUCGGGCGCCCAUUUCUGCCAAGCUGGUGGCAAAUAUGCUGUCGGUUUCUGGCGCUGACCACAUCAUAACCAUGGACCUGCAUGCAUCUCAAAUACAGGGUUUCUUUGACAUUCCAGUGGACAACUUGUAUGCAGAGCCUGCCGUUUUGAAGUGGAUUAAGGAGAACAUCCCCGAGUGGAAGAACUGCACCAUCGUGUCUCCUGACGCUGGAGGAGCCAAGAGGGUCACCUCCAUUGCAGACAGGCUAAAUGUUGACUUUGCCCUCAUUCACAAAGAAAGGAAGAAGGCCAACGAGGUGGACCGCAUGGUUCUGGUGGGAGAUGUGAAAGACCGGGUGGCCAUAUUGGUGGAUGAUAUGGCAGACACCUGCGGCACCGUCUGCCACGCUGUUGACAAGUUAAUAUCAGCAGGAGCGGUUAAAGUGUAUGCUAUCCUCACCCAUGGCAUCUUCUCUGGACCAGCCAUCUCACGCAUCAACAACGCCUGCUUUGAGGCUGUAGUUGUGACCAAUACAAUUCCCCAGGAGGAGAAGAUGAAGCAUUGUCCCAAAAUACAGGUCAUCGACAUUUCCAUGAUCCUCGCCGAGGCCAUCCGCAGGACCCACAACGGCGAGUCCGUGUCGUAUCUCUUCAGUCACGUCCCUUUGUAACGCAACACACGACCGAACCGGGAGCAUCUGAGCCAGUGUGUUCCCAGAGCGGAGGACUGCUUCAGCUUUCACAGGCUGUUCCUCUCAGCAAAUCACUGUUACAAUCUGUGCCUGAACGCCAGGCGUUAGGUUAACCAGAGCUUCUCACAAGCUCAUUUAUUUAUUUACAUCCGUUUGUAUUCAUUCCUGUGCUUGAGAAAGGUAAAGUCACAUGAUGAAGAGAUAAGCAUCCUUCUUGAAGAGAAUCGGUGGACACUCUUUAUUUUGAGUUCACUAGAUUAAAGCGGUUUUAGCUUGUGCAGUUUAACAGUAGAUCCUAAACACACAUCUGCAGUUUUAUUUCACUUUCCGGAUUUUGUUUGUCAUGGAUGUUUUUAAUAACUCUUUAUAUGAACAUUUCUAUAAAUAAAAAAAAAAUCAUUUUGGUUAGGUUAUGCCAUUCUGAUUACCCUCAGGUUCCUCCUCUGUGUGUUGAUUUCAUUGAUAUUUUUGAUUUGAAUCGUUUGUAUUUCAGAAUGCGAGGCGGAAUUUAAUAUUAAACUGCUUUGGCAUUAUUUCGUGUUCGCGUUCUUGAAACAUCUGCAGUGUUAUAGUUCAUAUAUUCUGAUUUUAAAUGCAUUCUGCUAAGAAGAGAUUUUAAUUCUUUGAAAACGAACGUUGCUUUUUGUUAAUCUGCUAAGAAAGUAAUUUGUGGAAGUGAAACGAACAUUAAAU